UUCAGCUGUGCACCUGGCGGGCCUGCAGGCCUUGCCAUGCCUUACCUUGCCUCAUCUCGCCUGGUGCGGAAACGCUAUUUGGCCUCGCCGGGGAGACCUGCAGAUAGUGAUUCUUCAGGAGACGAAAGAAAACAGACGCCUCUGCUGGCCAAGAUGCAGGACACUCCGAAGGCCCUGGCCAGUGACCCCGACGUCAAUAAGCACGAGAACAAAAUGCAGAAGGAAGAGAUAAGAGAAGAAAAAUUUGAAAAUAUGACACCAGCAAAAAAUCCGUCUUCAGUCCACUUUUUCCCGAGAAUGAUAGAUUUAGAUAACACACAGAUACGAUUGUCAGAGUCGCUUUCCAGUGAAAUGCCAAUCAGCUUCUAUCAGAUCACCAGCACUCAGAAUAGCGGCCUAACCCUGUCCUCAGCAGGACGGCUGACUUCUAAAUCUACCAUCGUGAGCCUCUCCCGAGGAGACACCAGCCUGACCAAGCAGAGCUCAAGCUUCAUGACUCCAAAGAAACAACCUCUAAUGAGCUUUGACUCGGCCACGCUGGUUCUGGGGGAAGGAGAAGAUUAUUUUCUUUCUUUGUUUGGAGAUUCAAAGAAACUCGUGGCACACUCUUCUCAAACCGAGAAUGUGAUCAAACACCUCUCUGUGAUUCUCGAAGAAGUCGGCCAGUUUACAUCCAGUUCUCUCGACGACAUCAAAAUAGUUGAUGUAAACGUCAAGGGGUUGUUCGUGCGGCUUGUUAACUCUUCUGAUGACAAAGAAGUGGAGAUUGGAAACCACAUUCUCCAACAGAAUGUGAACGGGCAUGCAGUUUCCCUGUACCGAUUUCCCCCCAAUGUCAUGAUGCAGGCCAGUUCCACGGUGACAGUGUGGGCAGCAGAAGCAGAAGCAAAGCCUGCGCCACCAACGGACUUUGUUUGGGAGGAACAGAACAGGUUCCGAUCCAGUCCUGACUGCACGACCAUCCUGUGCAAACCCCACGGUGAGGCAAUCGCCUGGUACACUCCGAUCCACUGGAAACAAGCAUGGGAGAAGCUAGAGACUGAUAUUGAAUUUGAGAGAUGCUCCGUAGUGAUUCCAUCACUGAAGAGCCAUCUGUUUGGGUGGACAACGACAUCUGCAUCCUCCAUAAGUAAGGAAAAACAAGAGUCGGCAAAGAAAGAGUCCUCCCAGUGUCUGAUGGAGCAGACCUGCCCUGCUCUUAGGAGAGAAAAGAAAAUCUCGCCGACCGUUUUACCCAACCGGAGUCCUUGGUGCCGCAGUCCCUAUGCCCCUCCACAUCCCUACUGUUCACUCAUUGAAUCACACGACUCAGACAUUUCCAAGAGCAGGUUGAGUGCACAACUGAAGCCACAGCCAGCCAAGCCUGAAUCAGACCCAGGGACCAAGAAAAAAAAUCAAAGUCAGAAGAAAAUAGAAAACAACUCAAUCUGUGAAACCCCCAGCGAUGCAUCACUUCCCAAAGUUCUUCUGUUAUGAUCUCACCACCGUCUGUUUGCCACAGUGGUUACCGCUGGCUGCCUGUGCCGAUCCUGUCUGCCCCGCUUUCUUCUAUUGCAUCACGGUGUGCUGUGUGGGAAGCACGGAGGGGCCAGCAGGCUGCGCUGUCAUUAUGCUGGUUAAAGACAUCACAUGGUUUAAAGGCAGCAGAUUGCCAGGGAGUAUCUGCAGGUUUUUACCCGCAGGCGAGACCAGAGCUCAGGCAGUCCCAGGCUGACACCUCCUGCCUAGAUGUUCUAGAGGCCUCACCCUGUUCUGGAGGGGAAACAAAGCUGGGUCCUGUUCUUUCCAUUUUAAAUACAUUACCUGGCUGCUGUUGGUCUGGGGUACACUUAGACAUCCUAAGGAAAAGCUAGUUUGGUGUCAAUAUAAAGGGAAUGAGAAGUGGAAACUGGUAACCUAUCCUAGAACCAUCUUGAUCUUUCUGUUCAAAGCCCGGGAUAAGCCAUUCUUGUAAAACAGCGAGAGUCUUAGGAGGUGGGAAGUUCUUCCCAGCAAUAAAGCUGUCACCUAAAUGUGCAUGUUACAAAGUUGAAUUAGGGGAAAAAUGGAUAACAAAACCUUGGCAAAAGCAGAAACAGCACAAAAUGAUUUCUCCUC